AUGAAUGAAGACAUUGAUCCGGCGAUUGCUGAGCAGCGAAACAGAAAAGAGAGAGCUGAGUCAAUUCUGAACUAUCUGAAAAAUACUCUGCGUGACGAUGAUGGCCGUACCGUAACGAGAAGGCAGAAGCUCCGGCGAAUUUUGUCAGUGCUUUUCCAUUUGAUACGCAUUGUCGACAAAGAUGAAGAACAAUAUGCUGACGAAGAAGGAAACCCGGCAGCAAGUCAGUUUUUGGUUCGGUACCACAAAAACGGUAGUUUCGAGUUUCGGUACCAAAAGUGGUAG